AUCAUUCAAAAUAAACCAUAGAGUGGAACAUAUACCGGAUUGUCAAUCAAACAACAGUCGUUUUCCCAUAUUCCAAAUUUGAUCGGAAAGAAGUCACAAAGUAAUAAUACUCUUAUUAAAGUAACAAUAAGCAAAAAGCUGCAGUCGAGUCUGCUCGACUGUGAAACACCCGCCACCCACUUUCAACAAAAGCAAAACCGUAUGGCAAUCUUCAAGUAUUCACAAUUAAAAUACAGAAAAAAUAUUGAAGACCAAUAUACCACAACAUUCAAAAUAUACCAUAGAGUGCAAAAUAUGCCAAAAUAUACAACAACUGCAGUUUUUUCACAUAUCGAGAAAUCAAGAUGCGUUCGUUGGGCGGCAAACAGUUUCGUUCCCUUGGCAGGAGUUCCCGGGCCAAAGUCCGGCUCUGGGCGUCAGUCUCUUUGUGGAGGCUUGGCGCGAUGGUGCUGGCAAUUUGCCCGACAGCUGCGACACGGGAAACAAAGUCUACAACGUCGAGGAGAUUGCCAAUCAGGACUAUUUCAUUGGCUUCAAAACAACCGGCGAUCAUUAACCUAAACAAUAAAUUUAGCAAUACGUGAUUUUUUGAUAGUUCAGCAGUUCACUUUCUUAUCAACAACGCUACAUACUCGUAUAAUGCGUAUUUUCUAGACAUUAUCGAUUUCACUUUCAGUAGAUUUUGAACGCUGAAUAAAAACACUUUUGGCAAUGCGAAUAAUUUGUCUGUGUCUUUUGUUUUUAAUCACAAUUGUAGUAAAUGUGUCAGCUGAUUUGUCAUGUAAAGAUGAAGACAACAAUGAUGUCGAUUGGUGGUUCAUGUACCUGCAGGAUGAUGAUGAUGCAAAAUACUUCUAUGUGACCAGCGAAAAUUACAACAAGUGGCAGAUGUCGAAUGAAACACUGAUGAGUAAUCGAUCUCUGCUAUUCAGAGGAUUGAAUUUAGAAUAUCUUGCAGCUUAUGCUACUUACAACGAUGUUUUUACCAAUGGCACCACAUUCGAUUGGGGUGGAGCUUCUAGGGGAUUAAUCGCCGCAUCCGGAACUGUACACGCGGGAAUUUGGAUUAUACACUCGAUGCCCCUCAAUGGUACUCUAAAUCAGACGUAUGGAGAACAUUAUCUUUGUCUAACACUCGAUAAAAAGGGCGUAGAAAAAGCGGCUGAACUUUUGGUUCUCUCUGAGCCGCACUUUAACUCAACACUCCAAGUCAAUAAUCUCGUCGAAUUUUUUCCGCUUCUGUAUAAUGCCAUCGGUCGCAAUACAUUAACGGCAGGCGACCUUGAGCUAGAUGUGGAGCUAAGCACCUUGAAAGGAAGAAAGUUUCGGUUCUUUGGCAAACAUCCUUCAAUCUACAAGGAGUUAUAUGCCGACAUUGUCGCCCCGGCGCUCGGAGUUAAUCUCUUUGUGCGAACCGAUCGCAAUAGCUGUUCAACCUGUCAAAAUUUACCGAACAAAUGUAACGACAACAAGAUCUACAACAUAAAGGAAGUUGUCGGCCCUCAGGGUAGAUCGAUAUCUGCAUUAACAGAUCACUCCAAGUGGGCCGUAUCCCAGAAGAAUUCUGGCGGCGAUUGGAUUUGCAUCGGGGAUCUCAAUCGCCAUCAAUCGCAUCUAAGUCGCGGGGGCAGCGCCAUCUGUCUCGAGGACUCGGUUGUAAGCGAAAGAUACCGCGAAUUGAUUUCCUCAUAUGAAGAGUGUGAAUAACCAAAUGCGUAAUGUCGACUACGACACCUUGUACUUGUUUAUAACUAUUAUUCUAUAAUAUAUAACAAUAUUUCAGACAAGAUGCACAACGUAAAUGAA